CGCGUAGUGCAUUAUGGGACGGUGGCCGGCGGACCGCUGAGUGAGUGAUCUGAACCCGUCUGUGAGGAUGUGAGUGGGAUCAGACGAUAUUAUGACCGCCAGGAGCUGCUUUAUUUCAUAUAACAGUCAGCCUCAUAUGUGAGGGAUCCGCAGUGAUGUCCUCCAAUCAGGGCUCGUCUCCGAUCCCUCAGUCCAGCGGCAGAGGAGGCGGCACCAGCGAUGGGCUCUUCAGGAAGCCCAGGGACCCUUCGAUGGCCCCCAGACACUAUCGGACGCAGCGCUCCUUACCGGACGUCUGCCCCAAAGAGCCCACUGGUGAGGGUCGUGGUCUCAGUGAAGGGCCGUCCAUUGUAGCUGACCAGCACCGCUGGACUGUGUAUAACUCUAAAGUGAACCUCCCCGCGGCCCUCAAUGACCCCAGGCUGGCCAAGAGAGAGUCGGACUUCUUCACUAAGACGUGGGGCCUGGACUUCACCGAGACCGACGUCAUGCCUUCAUUCUACCUGCCCAACAUCACCCGAGAACACUUCAGCUCUUACCUGCAGGAGACGGCUCAGAGGGAGAAGAUUCACGAGCGCUGCAAGAACAUUUGCCCGAACAAAGACGAUUUGUCAGUGCCCACCAUUACCAAUAAUCACGAUAAAGCCAGAGCUGAACUGGAGCAGGUGCCCAAGAUCUUCAUGAAGCCUGAGUUUGUGCUGAAUGAUCCGGCCACGUUUAACGCUGUGUUGCCGUGGUCUCACUUCAGUGUAGCCGGGGGCAAGAACAGCCGAGAUGUUGCAUCAUCAAGGUUACUGCAGGAAAAGUUGAGUCACUAUCUGGACGUGGUGGAGGUGAGCAUUGCUCGACAGAUCUCUCUCCGCUCCGAUGCCUUUUUCCAUGCCAUGUCGUCGCAGCACGAGCUCCAGGACCGUCUGCGCGAAACGGCCGACGCCGUGGCCAAACUCCGCGCGCGCACCGCCGCCAUCGACCGAGUGAUGUGCCGAGGGCCGCUGCGAGCGCUGCGGGACGCCCUGACCCGCAACAACUGCAUUAAGCUACACAACAAACUCAAGCUGAUGGCCGCCGUGCACCAGACGCAGCCCACGGUGCAGCUGCUUCUCUCCACCUCAGAGUUCGUCGGGGCGCUGGAGCUCAUCGCCACCACCAAAGAAGUGCUGCAGCAGGAACUGCAGGGAAUUCACAGCUUCAGACAUUUGGGUUCUCAGCUCUGUGAGAUGGAGAGGUUGAUCGAUAAGAUGAUGGUGGCUGAUUUCUCCACGUACGCUCAGAGCGAUCUCAAUCGACCCUUUGAGGAGGACAGUCAGGUCCUGGAGAAGGUCACAGAGCAGCCUGCAGCGUCAGGAAAGGAUCGAUUGCAGUCUCUGGUCUUUGGCCUGUUGAGACAGAGGAAGCUGGAUUUCCUGGACAUCUACAGCGAGGAGAUGAUUCGCGCCACCAAGAACCUCGUUAGGCAGUGUGUUAUGAAGUCUGUGUCGCAGAUCAGUGAGAUCGAUGCAGACACUGUCAAAUUUCAUGAGCAGAUGCGUUUGAUGACGUUUCAUCAGUGGUUUGAUCUGCUGCUGGAUAUUUUUGAACACUUCAUCCUAUUCCUCAAGAGAAUCAAGGCUACGCUCAGCGUCAUCCGCAACGUGGUGCUGGAAGUGCUGGACAGCAGCCAGAGGAGUCGACUAGCAGACGUUUCCUCUGCAACGAAUCAUUCUGACGGCAGGACCAAUGAGGACGAAGAAGAGGAGGAGUCUGGAAGCUCCGCCCUUAAUUCCGGAGAGGCGGAGCUUGCGUAUCUCACUCACGAGGGGCUUUUUAUCAGCGAUGCGUUGAAUGAAGCGGAGCAGCGCAGUCAUGCGGCAGCAAACGCACAGACGAAAGCGCAGACGCGCACAGAGGCCUGCGGGAGCGACUCGGCCUCCGCAACGACCGAAUCUUCCUCCAGCAGGGAACACAACUCCAACACUACCUCCUCCCUGCCCAUAGGGGGCGCUGCUGCACUUAGUGAGGAUGUGAUGCCGUCUGAUCUGGAGUUGGGUCGGGUGGCUAAUAACAUUCAGGAGCUGCUGUACACGGCGUCAGACGUCAGUCACGACCGCUGCGUCAAAGUGCUCAUGACACGAGCCAAGGACGGCUCUCUGGAGCGUUUGAGCUCGUCAGAGUUCGUGUGUUUGAGUCAGGCCGUGGAGUCGUUCGUCAAAGACACUGAAGAGCUGUGUGGCCGGCGCAGCGUUAGCCUGAGGGGGGCGCUGCAGAGUCAGGCCAACCGCUUCGUUCAGCGCUUCCACGAGGAGCGCAAGACCAAACUCAGUCUGCUGCUGGAUAAUGAGCGGUGGAAGCAGGCCGAGGUACCGGCUGAGUUUCAGGAUCUGGUCGACUCCAUCGCUGACGGACGCAUUACACUGCCUGAACGCAAACCCACAGGGUCCGAGGACAGGAAGCCCAGUGAGUUUCUGUGUGUCGAUGGGCAGAAGUAUGCUGUGGUCGGGACGGUGCUGCUGCUGAUCCGGAUGUUUCUGGAGUACUGCCAGUGUGUGAACGACAUUCCUUCCAUCACCACUGACAUCCUCACACGCCUCGCUGACCUGCUUAAGCACUUCAACUCUCGCAGUUGUCAGCUGGUGUUGGGGGCGGGAGCUCUGCAGGUGGUGGGCCUGAAAACCAUCACCACCAGAAACCUGGCUCUGGCGUCUCGCUGUCUUCAGCUGGUGGUUCACUACAUCCCAGUGAUCAGAGCACACUUUGAGACCAGACUGCAGCCUAAACAGUACAGCAUACUGAGGCACUUCGGCCACAUCACUAAGGACUACAAUGAUCACAUCGCAGAGAUCUCUGCUAAGCUUGUGGCCAUCAUGGACAGUAUGUUCGAGAAGGCUCUGUCUAAGUACGAGGUGAAGGCGCCGAUGCCGUCUGCGUGUUUGCGUAACGUGUGUAAACAGAUGGCCAAAAUGCACGAGGCCAUUUAUGAGCUCUUGCCGGAAGAGCAGACGCAGAUGCUGUUCCUCAGGAUUAACGCCAGCUUUAAGCUGCAUCUGAAGAGACAGUUAGCACGACUGGGUGUCGUCAAUGAUGGCGGACCUCAGUAUGGGUUGGUGAUGGUGGACGUGGCGUUUUACUCUGAGAACGUGCAGGCUCUGCGCUCUUUAGAGCAUCUAGACUUAAACAUGCCAGAGAUCUGGGAGCAGAAGAGGUGAUGUCUGACAGCUCGUCCCGGCCAAUCAGGCCUCUUCGUCACGCCUACCAUCUCGGUGACCGGCAGCUCCGCCCCCGUAUCUGAGGAGGACGUGAGGUCAGUGGAUGAACAGACUCAGGACUCGAGGUCUCGUUUGUUUUAAUACCUCCGUGACACUGGAGUGAACUAGCAGCACCUCGCGCUCCUCAAUCACAGACGUGCUGGAGGCUCACCUGUGAUGUAGAGACUUCCAUGCUAACAGGACGCACUGACAGAUUUCUUGUGGAGACCAAAUCAGGACAAGCUUGAGUGGUUGAUCAGUUGUGGGGAAUAUGUUUGUUUUGUUGUCGUAAAGCGGAGACGCGUCCUCAGUGCCGCCUUCAGUACCGCCACUACAGUGCAACUUUCCAUUUGUGUGCAAUCCUGUCUGAUUAUUAUUAUUAUUAUUAUUGCUGAUUUAUUUAAUCACAGUCAGAGGAAUCAAGGAAUGAUUAUUUAUUUUAAUAGAUUUUGUUGUUGAUUGAUCAAUCAUGUUUGUUUUUUCCACAUAAAGCUUUCAGGUGAUAACGGCUGGUUGGAGAACUAGCACUAAAAAGGGUUUUAAACACAUUUUUCUGACUUGUUCUCUGAUUUUUCCACCAAUGCAUAUAUGGUUGCUCUUGGUUUUCAUGUUUAGGGUCGUUGAGUUGAAGUAUUAAAUCUCGGAAGGGUGAAAAGUCCAUGCUUAUCGGGAGAAGUCUACUUUAUAUGGUCUACAUGGAGAAGAUCUUCUGUACUCAUCUUCAACAACAUAAAAAUUUAGAUAUUAAUUAAGAAACCAUUCAGGAGUUUGGUUACUCUGACUCCCAGAAGCCAUAUUAAAUUAUAAGCUUAAAAAGUUUAAAGUCAGAGGAGAAAUUAAGAUGAGAAAUCUUCUGCGUUCUUGCAUAAAUGCAGCUCAGUCUUAAAAUGAAAGAAUUAUUAUUACAAGUUCUUGUCCAUGCAAACUAGAGAAUUAACUCGAUUUCUCCAGCAUCCACAGUAUUACUGUAACCCCGCCUCUUCUCCAGUGCUCAUUUGAAUAAAUCGAGGCCUGUGAUUGGUUGGUGUGAAUGGAGAGUUUUUAAAUCACGUAUUGUGUUCCUGUGAGCUCUUGUUGUUGAUGCUGGGUUUCUGUUCGGGAGGAUCCAUGUGUCCCUUUAUUUAACACUCGUUCUGUCAGUUCAAAAGUGCCUAACCUUUUAUUUGGUAUCAAACUGACUCAAACUGUACAUUUGUGGGCUACAGUGCCUAAUCUGUGUGUGUGUGAGUGAGUGUGUGUGAGUGUGAGUGUGUUUUGAGGGCCCUCAUUGCGGCAAAGAAAUAUACAGAUGGGGAAAUUCUUGUGGCAUGCUUGAUCUUUUAAAACGUGGCACUUUUUAUUGUUAAUAAAGCCACAGUGA